UGGUCGGUAGUUUGAGACAGUUUGAGUGUUUAUUUAGUUUUGAAAGAGCUCUGUUAUGUGUAGUGGAGUGAGAUAACGUUUAAUUUCAAAUUAGCAUUAGAUAUUGUUGUUUUUUUAUUUAAACGACUGCCUAUUCAAAUUUCUUAAAUGGCGUCUGCUUUGGAGAGUUAUGUAAAUAGAACUGUUUCUAUAAUAACUGCAGAUGGACGAAAUUUUGUUGGAACUUUAAAGGGAUUUGAUCAGACAAUCAACCUAAUCCUUGACGACAGCCAUGAGCGAGUUUACAGCUUGAACCAAGGUGUAGAGCAGGUGGUGUUGGGACUUCACAUCAUAAGAGGAGAUAACAUUGCUGUAGUUGGAGAGUUGGACGACAGUAUCGAUUCAAGACUAGAUCUCAACAACCUCAGAGCAGAACCUAUAGGCCCCGUGGUCUUCUGAUGUAUCAACAUUAGGAUAAAUACAAGGAACAUUGAUGUACAGUGUCGCAGUUUUGUUUAAGAGACAUUACAUUUGAAAUGUAAUCCAUUGAUCAUUUUAGAAAAUCUAAAUAAAACGAUUGUACAUUUUUUUACUAAUUGUACUUUAUAAAAACUGUAUUUUUAAGAGAAUUAUUAAUAGUUCUAACAAA